AUGAAGACCCGCUUUAAUACAUAUGACAUUGUUUGUAUGGUGACAGAGUUACAGAGAUUAAUUGGUAUGAGAGUGAACCAAGUCUACGAUAUAGAUAAUAGGACAUACGUUAUCCGGCUUCAAAGGUCAGAGGAAAAGAGUGUCUUGCUUCUAGAGUCGGGCAAUAGGUUUCACACUACACAGUUUGAAUGGCCAAAGAAUGUUGCUCCAUCAGGAUUUACUAUGAAGCUCCGAAAGCACCUCAAAAACAAACGUCUAGAACAUCUUACUCAACUUGGUAUAGAUCGUAUUGUAGAUCUUCAAUUUGGAAGUGGAGAAGCAGCAUACCAUGUUAUUUUAGAACUAUAUGACAGAGGAAACAUAGUCCUUACAGAUUAUAACUGGAUUAUUUUGAAUGUCUUGAGGCCUCAUGUAGAAGGUGAUAAAGUCAGAUUUGCAGUGAAAGAAAAAUAUCCAUUAGAUAGAGCAAAAACGAGUUAUGCAGCCCCAAAUGAAGAGCAAUUAAGACAGAUAAUUUCGAAUAGUAAACCGGGUGAUAAUUUGAAGAAAAUACUUAAUCCUAAUUUAGAAUAUGGUUCAGCAAUAAUAGACCAUGUUCUAUUAGAAAAUGAACUAUCAGGCACCUUAAAAGUAGCAUCGGACCCUGAUAAAGGGUUUUACGUUGACAGAGAUGUUGAUAAAUUGGUAACUGCACUAAAACAGGCUGAAAAGCUUAUGGAUGAGGCGAGGAACCAGAUUUCUAAAGGAUUCAUUAUUCAAAAGAAAGAAGAACGUCCAAAUCCUGAAGCUGCUGGUGACUUUUUACUAACAAAUCAAGAGUUUCAUCCGCUCCUCUACAGCCAACACAAGAAUCAGCCCUACUCUGAUUAUGAGACAUUUGAUAGAGCUGUUGAUGAGUUCUUUUCGGCUUUGGAAGGUCAGAAGAUUGAUUUAAAGACAAUACAUGUGGAACGCGAAGCAAUGAAAAAACUCCAAAACGUAAAGAAAGAUCACGAGAAACGUAUCACUGAGUUGGAGAAAGUCCAAAUAGAAGACCGACAAGCUGCUGAGAUGAUCUCCAGGAAUGAACAAAACGUUGAAAGAGCCAGACUCGCUAUUCAGACUGCUAUCGCCAACCAGAUGUCCUGGGAUGACAUACAACUGUUAGUCAAAACGGCCCAAGAUAGUGGAGACCCUGUAGCAUCGACUAUCAAGCAACUGAAACUAUCAACCAAUCAUAUCACGUUGCGUCUGACAGAUCCUUAUGAGGACAUGGGACCGAUGAUGGUGGAUAUUGAUCUGUCUUUGACGGCCUUUGCUAAUGCAAGACGAUACUAUGAUCAAAAACGCAAUGCAGCUAAGAAACAGCAGAAAACUGUUGAAUCGUCGGGAAAAGCUCUGAAGAGCGCUGAACGUAAGACCAAACAGACGCUCAAGGAAGCCCAAACAAUCAGUACCAUCAGUAAAGCGAGAAAGACGUACUGGUUCGAGAAAUUCUACUGGUUCAUAUCUUCAGAGAACUAUUUGGUAAUAGGCGGUCGCGAUCAGCAACAAAACGAAUUGUUAGUUAAGCGUUACAUGCGUUCAACAGACGUGUACGUGCACGCUGAAGUGAGUGGUGCUUCGUCCGUAGUUAUUAAGUGUCCGGCGGGUUUACCUCCUCCUCGGACGCUUAGUGAGGCAGGACAGGCAGCGGUGGCUUACAGUGUGGCCUGGGAAGCAAAAGUUCUAACUCGUGCGUGGUGGGUAUACGGGCAGCAAGUAUCAAAAUCCGCCCCAACCGGUGAAUAUCUAACGACAGGAUCCUUCAUGAUCAGGGGCAAAAAGAACUACCUCCUUCCAGAACAUUUACAAUUUGGCUUUAGUUUCCUCUUUCGGCUUGAGGAUAGCUGCAUAGAAAAGCAUAAAGAUGAGAGAAAAUGUAUAGCCGAUGAUAUUUCUGAAGUGGCUGAGAGUGAGCAAGAUACAGAAAUUGUCGUAUCAGAGGAUUCAGAUGACGAAAAAGAUAGUAAAGAUAUAUUGGAUACAAUAGUUGAAAAUAAGGAAUUACAAAGUAGUGAUAGUGUUAAAGAGAAUUUGGAAAGUGCUAAAGUUGCAGAUCAGAAUGAAACUAGUAAUUUAGAAGACAAAAAUGGAAGUGAAGAUUUAAAUAAAGUAAGUGUAAAGGAACUUAAGGAAGAGAAAGAAGAAGAUAAAAGUGACUCAGAUAGUGAUAGUUCUGAUGAUGUCUUGGAUACACAUAUUAAGGUCGAUCACGGAACAGGGCAAGUAAUAACCGCGUCUAAAACGCGAACAAUAUCAGAAAUGUCAGAACAGAGUGAAGAGCUACAAUUGAAAUUCCCCGCUAUGCCCAAAAAGAACCCUCAGAAGAAAGAGAAACCCCCGCAGAAGGAAAAAGUUCAAAAGGAACAGGAGAAGAAUGGUCCAAAGCGAGGCCAAAAGGGAAAAUUGAAGAAGAUAAAGGAAAAAUAUAAGGAUCAAGAUGAAGAGGAUCGCGCGUUCAUGAUGGACUUAUUAAAACCAGACAAAUGUGCAAAAGAAUCAAAGAAGGCCCUAAAGCAGGCUGCAAAAGGCAACAAAGACAAGAAAUCUAAUCGCGGACCGAAGAUACCACAACCCCCUCCAUUACUGCUUGAAGCUGAGUCUGAAGAUGAACCGGAACUCGAAGCUGAGACGGAACAGACAGGCGAUGCGGAUACGGAAAUGCUGUGUCAGCUGACGGGCGCGCCAUAUCCUGAAGACGAGUUACUAUUCGCCGUACCUGUUGUAGCGCCGUACUCCUCACUUCAUAACUAUAAGUUUAAAGUAAAAUUAACCCCGGGCACAAGCAAAAGAGGAAAAGCGGCCAAAACAGCUGUCCAGGUAUUCUUACGGGACAAGAUGGCAUCUGCACGCGAAAAGGACUUGUUAAAGGCGGUCAAAGAAGAGAAUGUAGCUAGAAAUUUCCCAGGAAAAGUGAAAUUGUCCGCCCCACAGCUGCAUAAACAUAAGAAAUAG